ACGAAGCCGUCAAGGCAUACGCAAAUUGCGUGUUAAAGCUGAAGCAGAAUAUAUAAAGAUAAGUAACACCAGCUUCCUGAGUUUCCGAACAGCAACUAUCUUCCUCCGAUUUUCUCACCAUAUCUGACACUUCUCCUAUAUUCUCUAUUUCUUAAUUCGCGUACCUUACCAAACAUGUUGUUCUCGAGCUUCACCUUGGCUGCUUUAGCCUUCGUAGCUGUGAACGGUGCGCCGACUGUUUCGCGGUCAUCAGCCCGCAGCGCUGCGCCAAUCGACAAUUCUGCACUUAUUGCAAAGCUUAAGACAGAUGCAACGGCUGCAGAACAAUUUCAGCAGCUCCUCGCCAACAACGGACAGCCUCUCGAUCCCAGUGACCUCGCUGCAGCUACCGUUUUCGAUUUCACGAAGAACCCAUCGCCCGCCCAAGGUACACAGGGAGGCUCUCUCAACACUGCCGGUCCCAAAAACUUUCCCAUUCUCACCGACUCGGGUCUCUCUCUAAACCUCUUGACCUUGGGUCCAUGUGGCUUAUUUUCCCCACACAUUCACCCCCGUGCCAACGAGUUCUUUCUCGUACUCGAAGGCCAAGUCGAUUUUGGCUUUUUGCUCGAAACUGGAGUCUUUGGAGGCUUAGGCGCCCCGAAUCCAACAAUCAGUGGCACAUUGAAGCAGCAUGAAGGCACUCUGUUUCCGCUGGGAAGUGUUCACUGGCAAAUCAAUGCCUCACCUGACUGCAACAAUGCUACCACUUUUGAAGCUUUCUCGUCCGACGAUCCGGGCGCCGUGCUGAUUCUCAACAAAGUUUCGAACGACUCUAGAGUACUCAUUCCGCAGAUCGAGCCCAAUGACCUCGAUGGCCUUCGCGCGGUGCUUCCCCCUGCGAUUUUGAGCGAAGUUGAUAGUUGUCUCGCACGAUGCAAUAUGUAACGCCUGCUGAUGGAAUUAAGUGACGCUUGAUAAGAUGAAAUUCGGCCAAACGUGGGAGGUCAUACUUUCUUUCAUACAUGCUUUUAGAUCAGUUCUGAUUUUAGAUCAUGAUUCGAAUAUUCUGGAGUUCUUCUUAGAGCUUAGAGCAAUUUGUAAUUCUGCAAUCAAAUAUAGGCCUAUUCGAUAUAGACUCUU